AUGUCAUCCUUCGAUAGUUCAAUCAACUUGUUUAUUGAUCGAAUGUUCGCAUCAAAUAGAUAUAGUCUUCCAAGAAUUAUUAAAGAUGAAAACUCUGCAAAUCAUCAUAUUGAUAUUCGUUGUGGUAAACCAAUAACAUUUAUCAAUAACAACAAUCUGAACUGUUUUUUAUUAAAUCAUAUUCGUACUCGGUUCACCGCACAUGAAGCCUGCUGGAUCAACCAAAUUAAAUACUCUGUCUACACGCGUGAGAUCAAUAGCAAAAUUAAUGAUUCUUGUAUACUUUAUCGUGAUAAUAAUACGAAUAGUAUUGGUUUUAUCAUGGCUAUAAUAAAUGAAAGCGAACAUAUACAAUUUGUUGUUAUGCCUGCGAAUCUGGUUUAUUAUGAUGAAUUUCUUUUACGAAAAGAAUUAUUUAGAAACAUAUCUGUGGUUUAUGGAGAAUUAAUUAAUACAUCAGAAUUCAAAUUGGUUUCAUAUAAUGAUUUGUUACUGAAAUUAGUUUUUAAAUUUGAACAAGAAAAUAAUUGUACAUUUUUUAUUUUUCCAAAUACAACUGAAAGUACAUAA